AUGAAAGUUUUUGAAGAUCAGUCGCUUUUGGCAAACAAGAAGAAAUGUGUCUUUGAAAUGCCUCAGGUAGAAUACUUGGGCCACAUUAUCUCAGCGAAUGGCGUAGCUACGGAUACCACUAAGACAACAGCUAUGCUACAGUGGCCCUCACCUAGUUGUGUAAAGGAGUUGAGAGGUUUUCUGGGAUUAACAGGGUAUUACAGAAAAUUUGUGAGAGGAUAUGGAAUGAUAGCAAGGCCGCUAACAGAGUUGUUAAAGAAAGAUAAGUUUGUUUGGUCCGAGGAAGCUCAGUCAGCGUUUGAGAAGUUGAAAGAAGCAAUGUCAAGUGCUCCAGUUUUGGCAAUGCCGGAUUUUGAUAAGGUCUUUGUGCUUGAGACAGAUGCUUCAGGGUUUGGAGUGGGAGCAGUUUUAAUGCAAGAUAAGCGGCCGAUAGCGUUUUUCAGUCAUGGUUUCACAGCGAGAGAACAACUGAAACCGGCGUAUGAAAGGGAAUUGAUGGCGAUCAUGAUGGCAGUUAUGAAAUGGAAGCACUAUUUAGUGGGUCGUAAGUUUGAAGUACAUACAGAUCAGCGAAGUCUGAAAUAUCUGCUGAAACAGAAAGAGGUGAACUUGGAAUAUCAGAGAUGGCUGACAAAGUUAUUGGGAUUUGAUUUUGACAUCAUGUACAAACCAGGGUGUGAGAACAAGGCUGCCGAUGGGUUAUCACGCAUUCCUCCUACAUCUGCAAUGGUCAAUUCUACACUACUAUCACUGACAAUUCCAGAGGCUCUACAAUUGCAGGACCUGUAUAAGGAGAUUGACAAAGAUGAGACUAUUCAGGAGCUCAUUUCACAAGUUAAACAAGGAACAGCAGCAGAGGCUUACGAGGUGAUCAACGAGCGUCUGUGGUUUCGCCAACGGCUAGUGAUUCCGAAAGAUUCAGCUUUCAUUCCGAUGAUUAUAAGUCAGUGUCACGACAGUCAGAUUGGAGGCCAUUCGGGAGUCUUAAAAACAGUGCGGCGAAUUCAACUUGCGUUUCAGUGGCAAGGAAUAUACAAAAGGGUUCAAAAGUAUGUCGCUGAGUGUCUUGUGUGUCAACAGUUUAAAUACUCAACACUUUCACCCGCAGGAUUACUCCAACCGUUACCGAUUCCAGAUAAGGUUUGGGAAGACAUUUUCAUGGACUUUGUGGAAGGAUUAACAAUGUCAGGAGGCUACAAUGUGAUUUUGGUAGUAGUGGAUCGACUCAGUCACCCCAAAACGUGGUACAAAUUUCUUUCUUGGGCCGAGCUUUGGUACAACACAUUGUAUCACACUGCCCUGAAGACUUCACCGUUCAAAGUUUUGUAUGGGCGCGAUCCUCCGACUGUUCUGAAGUAUGAACCAGGGUCAACUAGUAACUUUGAGCUGGAAGAAAUGUUGAAAGAGAGGGACGACAUGCUGAUUCAAAUCAAAGCUCAGUUACAGAGAGCUCAAAGUUUGAUGAAGGAAUCUGCGAACAAGCAUCGUCGUCAUGUGGAGUUCGAGGUGGGAGAUAUGGUUUUCUUGAAGCUCAAGCCUUAUCGCCAGCAAACUGUGGUGAAACGACUGUGUCCUAAGCUUGCAGCGCGAUUCUUUGGCCCUUAUACGGUGUUGGAGAGAGUAGGGCAAGUGGCGUACAAGUUAGCCCUCCCUGAAGGGUCUAAGAUCCACCCUGUUUUUGAUGUCUCGCAAUUGAAGCGCGCACUUGGCAAUGAACAUGAGUUACAACCUUUACCUGUCGCUGUCACGGAUCUACGGACUGUGGACUUUGAACCAGAGGAGGUGCUUGCGAAACGUUUUGACGCAUCAGGCUGUGUAGAGUUGUUGAUCAAAUGGAAGGGUCAGCCGGAUCAUGAGAGCACCUGGGUUCGUUCUGCCACCUUGUUCGAGCUUUUUCCUAAUGAUAAGCUUGAGGACAAGCUGGUUUUUAAAGGGGAGGGUAUUGAUAAGAUACAUAACACGUACUAUCGCAAGAAGAGAAGCGAGACACGUGACCCGUUGACUGAGAGUGAAGAAGGAGUUAGUCAACCGAGUGGAUCUUCUCUUUGA